GUAGUGAUAUUUUUUUUUUCUAAAAGAUUUUUUAGCAGAUUUCUUAUUUCUAUUUUGUAAUUUUCUAAAAAUGCUUUCACCAAACUCUAAAACGACAGUCGAGCAGAAAAUAAAAGCAAGAAAUUGCGCACUUCUAUUGAAAAAUGGUAGUCCAAAAUUAAAAACUCUUCUGCGCGAGAGAUGUCGUUUAAGAAUGAAGGAAUCAAGAGAAAAUGCUUUUUCCUCUUCGAGAAAUAUUACAAUCGAACGAAAGCAACUAAUCACGACAAUCGUUAACGAAGAACUUGCACAACAAAUUGAUGAUGACAUCGAACUGCACGAUAUUAUCUUGAAGGAAAUUUUAAAUAAUUGGGACGAAUGGCAGAAUGAAGAAUUUGAAAGGAGCAUGGAUUACAUGAUGAAUGCUGAUGACGAGAAUCAAGUUUUUUGUCCAAUUUGUGAAUGCAACUUGUUGACUCUACAAGAAAAUAUUAUUUCGUGUUGCUGCGGAUUAAGACUUUACUACCCAAAAACACUACCUGAAUUCUACGACAAGAUUCAAGCCAGCAUGAAUGUUCAUGAUCAACAGAACUGCUUCGCGAAGCUUCAGUUUUACACUGAACCGAAAUUCGGCUUCAAUGUUCUCGCUUUAAAUGCUAUUUGUACCGUUUGUGAUUAUUAUUCGCCAAUUCUUGAACUCAUAUAACGUAGACUGUUGAUAAAUAUAUUUACAUACAUAAAUUGAAAUGCUGUGGAUAUAAUUGAAGCUUGAAUUGAGCCACUAAUAUUUAAAAGGGCUGUUUACUCCUAAAAAAUAUCAUUCUUGCGCCCUGAAUCAGUUCGAAAAACUAAGAAGUUACAUUUAAAUGUCCUGUCAAAUCUCUUUGAAAGUACCAAAAAAUAAAAAAAAAUCCUGACAUUAUUUUGUGUUUCAAAUGUUUCCUUGAUGUUGAAUAAUAUUUUCUUAUAAAAAAUUUUCAACCCUCCACAGAGUAAGUCUUAAAGGAACUGUUGAGCACAUAAAUUAGGCAAUUCCCUGUAAAAAAUUGUGUC